AUGCGCGGCUCGCGGGGCGGCGGCGUGUGGCUGGCGCUGGCCGCGUCGCUCCUGCACGUGUCCCUGCAAGGCGAGUUCCAGAGGAAGCUCUACAAGGAGCUCAUCAAGAACUACAACCCCUUGGAGAGGCCCGUGGCCAACGACUCGCAGCCGCUCACCGUCUACUUCUCCCUGAGCCUCCUGCAGAUCAUGGAUGUGGAUGAGAAGAACCAAGUUUUAACCACCAACAUUUGGCUCCAAAUGUCCUGGACAGAUCACUAUUUACAGUGGAAUAUGUCAGAAUACCCUGGUGUCAAGAAUGUUCGCUUCCCAGAUGGCCAGAUUUGGAAACCAGACAUUCUUCUCUAUAACAGUGCUGAUGAGCGGUUUGAUGCCACAUUCCACACCAAUGUCUUGGUGAAUGCUUCUGGGCAUUGCCAGUAUCUUCCUCCAGGCAUAUUCAAGAGCUCCUGCUACAUCGAUGUGCGCUGGUUCCCUUUUGAUGUGCAACAAUGCAAACUGAAGUUUGGAUCCUGGUCUUAUGGUGGGUGGUCGCUGGACCUGCAGAUGCAGGAGGCAGAUAUCAGCAGCUACAUCCCCAAUGGAGAAUGGGACCUCAUGGGAAUCCCUGGCAAGAGGAGUGAGAAAUUCUAUGAGUGCUGCAAAGAGCCAUACCCAGAUGUUACCUACACAGUGACCAUGCGCCGCAGGACACUCUAUUAUGGCCUUAACCUUCUCAUACCCUGUGUGCUCAUCUCAGCCCUGGCACUGCUGGUGUUCCUGCUUCCUGCAGACUCUGGGGAGAAAAUCUCCCUUGGGAUAACGGUCUUGCUUUCCCUGACUGUCUUCAUGUUGCUUGUGGCUGAGAUCAUGCCUGCAACCUCUGACUCUGUGCCCUUGAUAGCACAGUACUUCGCAAGCACCAUGAUCAUUGUGGGCCUGUCUGUGGUGGUGACAGUGAUUGUGCUGCGAUACCACCAUCAUGACCCUGAUGGUGGCAAGAUGCCCAAGUGGACCAGGAUCAUACUUCUGAACUGGUGUGCAUGGUUCCUGCGCAUGAAGAGGCCAGGGGAGGACAAGGUCCGUCCUGCCUGCCAGCACAAGGCACGCCGCUGCAGCCUGGCCAGUGUGGAGCUGAGUGCCAGUGCAGGGCCACCCGCUCCCAAUGGCAACCUGCUCUACAUUGGCUUUCGAGGCCUGGAGGGCAUGCACUGUGCUCCGACUCCCGACUCUGGAGUCGUGUGUGGCCGCAUGGCCUGCUCCCCAACGCAUGAUGAGCACCUGUUGCACAGUGGACACCCAUCUGAGGGAGACCCUGACCUGGCCAAAAUCCUGGAGGAGGUCCGCUACAUUGCCAGUCGCUUCCGCUGCCAAGAUGAGAGUGAGGUGGUCUGCAGUGAAUGGAAGUUCGCAGCCUGCGUGGUGGAUCGUCUGUGCCUCAUGGCUUUCUGUGUUUUCACCAUCAUUUGCACAAUUGGCAUCCUCAUGUCAGCUCCAAACUUCGUGGAGGCUGUGUCUAAGGACUUUGCUUGAUGGCACUGCAUGGGAAAUACACAGAUCAGGAAAGUGUCUGCCAAUGAGGGUCCAGAAUAUAAAUUCUGUACUCCAGUAAACAUGAAAAAUGAGGUCUCCUGUGGCUAUCAAUCCUCAUAGUUAGUUUCCUAUUACUUGCAGUAAAAGAAUCUCUGCACCUUUCUGUUUAACGUCUUUGUUUUGCAUACUAUUGCCAAGGCCCUGGGAUCUGACCUUGUAGUGGUCAUCUGUCCCCCUUCUGGACAGGCCUUCAGAGAGAGAUCAGACUCUAGACAGCUGGCAAAGGCCUGUCUAGUUGGUUUUGCAUGACCGCAUGUCCCUAUAAGCCACAGGAGAACCUAAUGUAUGUCUGCACCCCUGUACAAACUUAGACUGAAACUGACAGUGGUUAGGCCACACUUGGGAGACCCUUCUUACAAAACAGAAGUUAAAACUCUAUCUGAUGUUUUUUAAUAUGCAAUUCAACUUGUUUUUUUCUCUCUACUAAUGAAAUUUUUGUGUGAGAGAGUCAGAGACAAGCAUUAUGCAUUCUAAACAAUAUCUUGAUCAGCCCAGUUUCUUUAAGUCUAUAAUCUAUGGAAUCAUAGACCCAGCAAAAGUGUUUUGGGGACUAUGGAAACAAGAUAACCCACAAGUUUUCUGUUGUCCCUAAAUCCUGGAGAGUUAAACAAAUUUGUUCAAUUCUGCAAAACCCAAAGAGCCAGUAGAGUUCUAUGAGUAUAUGAGUAUUACCAUCCGAAGAAAUAACACAAGUUAAGCUUUUUUUUUUUUUUUUUCCUUUUGGGAAUAAGAAAGUCAGUUGCUUCACCUGGGUCAGAGUUGAUUAGUCUUAGAAAUUUGUGCAUAUGUCCAGAGACAUACCAUCAUGUGACUUUCCCCAUGUUAAGGUCAGGGCACAGUAGCUGUAACUUCUCUGGUACCCUGUGUGGCAGGAAUUGGGGAAGGAAUGAUGUAGGUUAAUGCCUAGAUGUUGGGCCAGUGGCAGCCAACUGGAAGGAGCUGUUCAACUAUUAUAGUUGCCCAGCCAUUUGCCCCAGGAUAUGACUUUUGUGAAUUUACCUCCCUUGGGUUGGUCACUUUGCUUCAGCCACAAAGAGAGCUCAGGAUCAGUGGGUGAAUAUACUAAAACUGUUUGAAGGCUUUUGUGGUGUUUUUUUCUUUCUUUCUUAAGGUCUGGCCAUGUACUCUCUGCUGGUCACACUUGUAAUCCUCCUGCCUCAGUUUCCAGAUGUGCUCAGGAAACAAAAGAAACUUUAAUUGUCAAGCCUAAAUAGUAACACAAUGUUCCACUUAAAUUACCUAGCUGACAGUGGUCACUUUGCCACUAAUAAUUCUUUUUAAAAUGAGAAGGGAGGGUUUCUUCACAAAGAAACACCUUUGCUGUUCCAUUCUGUCACCCAAUAACUUUUCAGAUCUUGAAGCUGCACCAGACUUCUGAGAUGCCAGCGAUCUUUAAUCUUAUAACCCCUCAGAUGGGUGCAUCAAAACAGAAGAUUAGAUUUCUCAUAGCAAAAGAAAUUGCAUCCAUUUUCCAAACCAUCCAUUUCACUUAUUUCUGGGCAGUGCACAUUCAUGAAUUUGUACUGGGAGAAGAUGAAGAAGGCUUGAUGUGCUGAGAGUGUGAGUGUGUGUACCUGUGUGCAUGGUAUGUGUGUAUGUGCAGCUUAAUACAGGAGACAGUAUUUGCAACAAGAAGGUGGAUAAAUCAGUAAUACAGGAGACAGUGUGUACAAUAAGUAGGUGGAUAAAUAAGUAGAUGUCAGUAUUCUGAGCAUCCACCAUUUGGAGCAGGACCCUUCCCAGAGUUCAUCCAAUGCAUGGUAUGAACAAAUGAUGUACAGUAUCAUAUUUCUGUCUUUGUUUUGUUUUUCAGUGGUAAUAACUAGAAACAGAAGAAUUUUCUAAUGGAGCAUUCUAAAAACAAUUCUCAUUCUUAUUGUUAGGUCAAAUUUGAUGCCUACACCAUUUUUUUGCUUUAGAAAACAAAACCUUGGUUUUAACUAUCUGAAUGUUUUUUGUCAUUUAUAAAAAUAACAAAUAGUAGUUGCACACAUAGUUAGAAAAGUGGGUAUGGUUAAGCACAGUCUCCCUUGCCCCCUUCCUCUUCUCUCUUUCCAUGAGGGGCUAUUUAUGAGCAUUUAGGAGCAUUUUUGGAGAGGAAUAAAGGAGAGUUGGGGCAGAGAGAAAAAGAGCAGGGCAUGAAAAGAUAUAUCCUUGUGGCUUUCCUAGCACUCGUGCUAUGCAAGGUGCUUUGCACCUAGUGUUUUGACCUAGGGGUCAUUCCAUAAUCACAUAUAAGGUCUACCUCAUUCCCCUUAGUAGCUGCUUAGUGCUCCAUUCCAUAGUGGACUAUAAUUUACUUGAUUAGUUUUUUAGUGGUGAGCACAUAAAUAUUUUCAGGUUUUAUUUUUAUAUACAAAUCUAUAGUUAGCAUCCUGGUGUAUAUCUCUUGCCAUACUUUCAUGAAUAUAUGUUAAUAUAAAUUCCAGUUUAUAAAUGGAUUUUCUGGAUGCAAGGCUGUGUGCAUGUAAAAUCUUGAUAGAUGCUAGAUUAUCUUUCAAACACUGAUCAUUGCAUACUGCACCCACAGGACAAUAAAUAGGCAAGAUUCUUAGGUUUUUAGUGUGCAAAAUUUAAUUGACUUCUCCCCAUCUGACUGUUAACAAUGAUAACAUAAAUAUAAUGAUGAUUUUAGUUCAUUUUAUUAUGAGUGAAGCUGAAAUUAUUUUCAAAUGAAUUUUAGUAAAUUCAAUUUUUGUAAAAUUUAUAUCUUUUAUACAACUUGAAAUUAGGUUAUUUGAAUUUUUCUUAAUUUGCUUUUAUACAUCAAGACCUUUCUGUGUUAUGUCUUAAAAGCAUUUUUAUUUAACAUUUGCCUUUUGAUGUCAUUUACUGAUUGCAUGUUUAUUGGCUUAUUAGAAGUUUAAAUUUUUAUGAUGCCAGUUGCUUCAUAUUUUUCUCUUGUCAAUCCUGAGAUUGACCUCCAGGUUUUUACCAGGCCUCCCCCAUUCUAAGACUACAAAUAAAGUGACUCAUAUUUUCUUCUGUGACUUUGAUUCUUUUGUUUAUGUAUUCUGGCGCCCUGAUUCACCUUAUUAAGGGGAGUAGGGGUAAGGUCUACUUGUUUUCCUCCUGCCAUGAUCAGUGGUACCAACAAGGCUCAUGUUACAGUAUUUCCAUAAUAUGGUAAUUGUCUUUUCACUCUUCAAAAUGCUACCUGAUUUGGAAACUAAGUUUAAAUGUACUGCUUUCCUAUUGGUUUAUCUCUUAAUUUAUAAAGCUUUAUUUCAAUUUUUUGGUCAAUACUCACCUCUGCUCCCUCUUUUUUUAAUCUCUAUCAUGUGCAUGUAUUCUUUUAAAAUUGGGAUCACAAUGAAUAUAUAGAUAGAAUAUUCCUGUUUGGGAACUGAAAUCUAGGUUUAUGUUCAAAUCUAGUUUGAUUCCAGUGGAGUUGUGCUGAGACAGGAGUUAUAAAUGGCUUACUGUUUAUUUCUGCAUACUUUUGCUACCACUUUCAAUUGAAUGACUUAUUCCAUUUUGUUCUUUAAUCAGGUAUAUAGGAAAAGCAGUUGGGUUUUGUAUAUUCAGAUCAAAUUACCCACCAUAAUUAUGAUUUAUCAUUGUUUCUAAGAUGUUUUCCUUUAACUUCUUGCCUGUAUCCCCAAUAUUUCUUUCUCUAUGCCGUUGCAUUUGAGAACAGCAACUCAUUAAUUGGGCAUAUAUGUCUUAUUCUUAACAUUGAUGGGUGUUUUAAUGCUUCACACAAUUUGACUUGUAUGAAGACAUGUAUUUUCCUCCUCACAAUAAAAAGUAUCCAUGCAUUCUUUCAAACUA